AUGUCUACCUCAGCAAAAGCUCUCGAACCUGCUUUUCAGGGAGCGGGUCAGAAAGUAGGGACCGAGAUUUGGAGGAUUGAGAACUUCCAACCUGUUCCUCUGCCAAAAUCUGAUUAUGGUAAAUUCUACUCUGGAGAUUCUUAUAUUAUUCUUCAGACUAGUCCUGGCAAGGGAGGUGCUUAUCUUUACGACAUUCACUUCUGGCUUGGGAAGGAUACAAGCCAGGACGAAGCUGGGACUGCAGCUAUCAAAACUGUUGAACUCGAUGCCAUUCUUGGUGGCCGUGCUGUGCAAUAUAGAGAAUUACAAGGGCAUGAGUCUGACAAAUUCUUGUCAUAUUUUAAACCUUGUAUUAUACCCUUGGAAGGUGGCGUUGCGUCUGGGUUCAAAACACCUGAACAAGAAGAGUUCGAGACGAGGUUAUAUAUUUGUAGAGGAAAACGAAAUGUUAGAUUGAAGCAGGUCCCAUUUUUGCGGUCCUCUCUGAAUCACGAUGAUGUUUUUAUUCUUGACACUAAAGAGAAGAUAUAUCAGUUCAAUGGUGCAAAUUCGAAUAUCCAAGAGAGGGCAAAGGCAUUAGAAGUGAUUCAGUUUUUGAAGGAGAAGUAUCAUGAAGGAACAUGUGACGUUGCCAUUGUCGAUGAUGGGAAAUUGCAAGCCGAGACAGAUUCUGGUGAAUUUUGGGUCCUAUUUGGUGGAUUUGCUCCAAUCGGUAAGAAGGUUGCUACUGAAGAUGAUAUCAUUCCGGAGAAGACCCCUGCCCAGCUCUACAGCAUUAUUGAUGGUCAAGUUACGAGUGUAGAUGGUGAACUUUCCAAGUCACUUCUGGAAAACAACAAAUGCUAUUUAUUAGAUUGUGGUGCUGAGGUAUUUGUUUGGGUUGGCCGAGUAACUCAAGUUGACGAGAGAAAAACUGCCAUGCGAGCUGCAGAGGAGUUUGUGGUUAGCCAAGGCAGGCCAAAGGCAACGCGUAUAACUCGAGUUAUUCAAGGUUAUGAGACCCAUUCAUUCAAGUCCAACUUCGAUUCAUGGCCGUCAGGAUCAGCUCCUGUUGCUGAAGAAGGAAGGGGAAAAGUAGCUGCUUUAUUGAAGCAGCAAGGUGGUGUCAUGAAGGGAGCAAGUAAGAGUGCUCCAGUACAUGAGGAUAUUCCACCUUUGCUUGAAGGAGGUGGAAAAACAGAGGUUUGGCGCAUAGAUGGUAGUGCUAAGACCCCAGUGCCUAAUGAAGACAUUGGUAAAUUUUACAGUGGGGAUUGCUACAUUUCGCUCUACACUUACCAUUCUCAUGAAAGAAAAGAAGAUUACUACUUGUGUUAUUGGAUCGGUAAAGACAGCAUUGAGGAGGAUAGAAAUAUGGUUGCUAAAUUGUCCGCCACAAUGUGUAACUCACUGAAGGGAAGGCCAGUGCUGGGUCGUAUAUUUCAAGGCAAAGAGCCUCCACAGUUUGUUGCUAUUUUUCAACCUAUGGUUAUCCUUAAGGGGGGACUGAGCUCUGGUUAUAAGAAUUAUAUAGCUGACAAAGGUUUAAAUGACGAAACAUACACUACUGAUGGUGUUGCACUCAUCCGCAUAUCAAGAACUUCUCCGCAUAAUAACAAAGUUGUUCAAGUGGAACCUGUGGCAACAUCAUUAAAUUCAUACGACUGUUUUCUGCUGCAAUCUGGAUCUUCGAUGUUCAGUUGGCAUGGUAAUCAAGGCACUUUUGAACAACAACAGUUAGCAGCCAAAGUUGCCGAAUUUCUGAAGCCUGGAGCCACCAUCAAACACACUAAAGAAGGAACCGAGAGCUCUUCCUUCUGGUUUGCCCUUGGAGGAAAACUAAGUUACAAUAGUAAGAAGGUUUCUUCUGAGGUUAUCAGAGAUCCUCACUUAUUUGAAGUCUCCUUCAUUAAAGGCACUUUAAUAUACUUGUAUUUCAAAAUAAUAUCUAUUUUCCAGGUGGAAGAAGUGUACAACUUUUCUCAAGAUGACCUAUUAACAGAAGAUAUAUUGAUUCUUGACACGCGUGCUGAAGUUUUUAUUUGGGUUGGCCAAUCAGUGGACUCCAAAGAGAAGCAAAUUGCUUUUGAAUUUGGUCAGAAAUACAUUGAGAUGGCUGCUUCACUCGAGGGGUUGCCGCCAAAAGUCCCGUUAUACAAAGUCACAGAAGGGAACGAACCGUGCUUUUUCACCACAUAUUUUUCAUGGGACCAUGCUAAAGCUAGUGUGCAUGGGAACUCGUUCCAGAAAAAGGUCAUGCUUCUCUUUGGUGCUGGUCAUCAUUCUGCAGAGGAUAAGUCCAAUGGCUCUAAUCAAGGGGGACCCACUCAAAGAGCUUCGGCUUUGGCCGCCUUAAACUCGGCAUUCAGUUCAUCACCACCCCUGAAAACUGGCUCGACCCCACGCUCGGGUGGGAAAAGUGGGGGUUCACAGAGAGCAGCUGCAGUAGCUGCUUUGUCUUCUGUUUUGACUGCCGAAAAGAAAGGUUCGCCUGACGUGUCUCCUGCACGGUCGAGUCGGGGCCCACUUUCAGAAGCCAGUCCUCCCGCUUCUGCGAAAAGUGAAGAUUCUGUUGAUAUUGAGGACUCCAAAGAAGUCCCGAAUGUAGUCGAGCCCGCAUUAGAGCCUAAUGGGGAGGAUUCAGGGUCAAAACCGGAAGUUGACCAUGAUGAAAAUGGCUCGGAAAAUAGUCGGAGCAUAUUUAGUUACGACCAGCUGAAGUCCAAAUCCGAUAAUCCUGUUACAGGAAUCGACUUUAAACGCAGAGAGGCUUACCUCUCGGAUGACGAGUUCGAAUCUGUGCUGGGCAUGACCAAACAAGCAUUCUACAAGCUGCCAAAGUGGAAACAGGACAUGCAUAAAAGGAAAGUCGAUCUCUUCUAG